UCAACCCAGUGAAGCAUUUCUCUACCGACGAACUCUCAAAUAUAUAGAAUUGCAAAAGAAAGAAGUCCUGAAUCUGCCAAAGUUGUCAAAAAUGGGGAUGCCAGACAGAGAUGAUCAGAAGAGCCCAGUCCAACCCCCUCCUGUGACCGGAACUCAGACAGCUGCAACUGCGCCAAUGUACACUGAGAGGCCACCAGCGCCCACUUUCCAGCCGCAACUGCAGCCGGAAAGUAACGGCCAGUGGUCAGUCGGCCUUUGGGACUGUUUCUCCGACUUUGAACGCUGUUGCAUUUCUUGCUGGUGUCCAUGCAUCACCUUUGGCCAAAUCUCUGAGAUCAUAGAUAAAGGAUCGUCAUCAUGCGGAGUAAAUGGCGGGCUCUACUGCCUUAUCGGUGCUCUAACAGGUUGUGCUUGCAUAUAUUCAUGUUUCUACCGUACAAAGAUGAGGGGGCAAUACAAGUUGCAGGGAAGUCCAGUUAAAGAUUGCUUCAUGCAUUGCUGCUGCGAGCCCUGCGCUCUCACCCAGGAGUACCGUGAGCUCCAAGACCGUGGAUUCGACGUCUCCAUUGGGUGGCAAGGGAACGUGGAAAGGCAGAGCCGCGGGGUCUCCAUGCCUCCUCUGGGGCCGCCGGUAAUGGAAGGUGGCAUGAAGCGUUGAACUAACACGGGGAGGUGAAGCUGGCCAGAGUCAGUUUCUCUCAGAAUUCUGCGUUCUGUUAUGUACUGUCAAUCGAUUCAUCAGAAAAAUAAUAAUAAUAAUAAUGUAAUGCUUAUCGGCAAUAUGUAUAUCCCGAGAGUCUCAAUAAGUGGUUGAUGACUUCCACAUGACUUCUGAUAUGUAAAAUCCCUUAACCAAGUCAAGUCAGCCCCCCGUCUAUUUCUUAUGGAAAAAGUAACGGUGGAAUAGAUUUGGAACGGAAUAUAAGGAUUGGGUAUUUUUAAGCUAAUUUUUGAAGGAUUGAAUAAAAUUGAGACAACCCUCAAAAUUUGAGA